CACUGAGGGAUUUAACAGAGCGAAUUUAAACAUCAGUUUCCGACCCGAAUCCUUCCGAGUAAAUAUGUAAGUAAUGAUGUCAUGCGAGCUACCAUUACGAUUUUGGGCAAUGAGCACCUAGAGUGAUCAAGGUCCAUAAAUGUUGACGUGUAUCACGUGCUGAUUGUCACCGACAAAGUCCAAACGGUUGCAACAACUUCAAUCGGCGAAAGACUGCAGAAGAUUGAUCAUCUCAAGGAUUUCCAACAUUCAAAACGAAAUUGGGCAUACCAAACUAUCAUCACCUGCAGGGGGCGUCACAAGAUGGUGAAACGCGUCACGGCCGCCUACGCCCUGUGGGCGCUCGGUGGUCCUUUUGGCCUUCACCAUUUCUAUUUGGGGCGGGACAGCCACGGCCUGUUAUGGCUCCUAACCCUGGGAGGUUUCGGUUUCGGCUGGAUCCGAGACCUGAUACGUAUUCCGGCGUACGUGUGUGAAGCCAACCGAGACGCCAAGACGCAGAAUCGAAUGUACUACAACGCGCUCCCUCCCCCAGUAAACCCAGUUCGCUUUGUCGGCCAGGUGUGUGUUGGGAUCUACUUUGGCUUGGUGGCGCUGAUUGGGCUGCGCUCCCUGGCUUUCUUCCACUUGAUUGUUCUGCCUUUGUGUGUGGGCGCAGGGGUGCACCUGGUGUCCACCGUGGGCCAGCAAACCUCCGAUCUCCCCAAAACGCUCACAGCUAGUCUCAUAACUGCCCCGAUAUUCUAUGGCAGCACUCUCGCCCCUCUGCCCAUUAGCUUGGCGGCUAGUGUCACGGCCGCACAGUACCGCAGGUACAAGAGAGCGAGGAGCGCCCAGCCACUCGGUUUGCGGCUUUGCAUGCUGAGUCUGGCUUGGCUGGCCUUCUCGGCUCCGUUGGCAUAUUGCGUCCUCCAUAACACCACGGCCACGUUGUAUUACCUGUCGGACUGCGUGACGGCGCUGCUGGAUAUGUUCUGGUUCUUCCCUUGGCUCCGAGGCGCUUUGGAGUACAUUCUUUUAAUGCCGUAUCGCUUCCUGUGCGUCGUGACUGGAGGAGACUAUUAUGAAGAGGCCUGGAAGAAGAUGCUGGAAAUAUUACUGCUCAAAGACUACACGGAAGAGGAAAAAAAGGCGCUGAAGGUUUUAUCGCUGGAAGCACAAGCAUCUCUUGAGGAGAUAACACGUGGUUAUAGGGAGCUUGCCAAGACUUGGCACCCGGAUCACAACCCCAGCAAGGAUGCCGAAGCCACGUUUAUCAAGAUCCACAAGGCGUAUCGGGUUCUUCUACGGCGCCACAGGCCCUUCAGAUAGUUGCUGAGAAUAAGUUGGCACAGGCACACGCGACUGUCAUUUUUCAUUAUCAUCUGGGGGAAAACAAAUUAGCCAACUUGCCACUUUUGGCUGACUUGAGCUGGAAAGAAAAUUCAGUCCAUUCAAACAGCUUUAUUCAGACACUCGAGAGCUACGCAUCGGUAAACAAAAUACUGAAACAUCUUAAAAGCAACAAGGUUCAAAUUCAUACAUUGAUAGGAUAAGGGCUGCAAAUCCUGACUUCAAAACAGAAGACAGUACUUUGCUGCCCUCUAGUGGCGCAUUAUUAACAUCAUCCAUGAACUGUUUUAUUCCACCCAUAAUCAGGAGUAGUGAAUGUUGUACGCUACUUUACAUAACCGUAUACUUUGUCUUGUUUGUAAUUUAUUGUUACCGCGCUUUUUUGUUUUUUAAAGUUUGAAUGAAUGUUAUUUAAUGAAUGACUGAAUGACGUAUGUAAAGUCCAACUAAU